ACAUCCCUAGUUAAAAUCAUCGGCUGACAGGGGAAACACUGAGACAAUUGACGCGAAACAUGGCGAAAACGGUGGCCGGUUUAUCUCCGGUUAUCGCUCCAAUUUAUUCUCCGAUAACUAACCGGAAGCUAAUCAGUUUUUACAAGCCGCAUCUUCUCUCGUACAAGCAAAGCCCUAUAUCGUCUCUACACAGCUCGAGAACUGUUCGUGUGAUAGAAGUGGCACGCAAGCAAAGGAACCGGCCGUGUUCUGUUUUUGGGUCUCUCACUGAUGAAGCAGACUCAAAGGAUUCCUCAGAGGGACAAGUUGCUUCUGUAGAUAUUAAACUACCGAGGAGAAGUUUGCUUGUGGAGUUCAGUUGCAACUCAUGCGGAGAGAGAACGAAACGGCUUAUCAAUCGCCUGGCCUAUGAACGUGGUCUUGUCUUUGUCCAGUGUGGUGGAUGUCUUCAGCAUCAUAAACUGGUUGACAAUCUUGGUCUCAUUGUCGAGUACGACUUCCGCCAAGAAACCUCCAAGGAUUUGGGUGUCGAUCAAGUUUGAUAAAAGCUUGAAUCAGUUUUGUUCUUUUUUCUAUCAGAUGUGUUAUUUUACGCAUGAUAACAAGUAAAAGCUAUGGGUUUUUCAAAGAAUACAACUAAAGAAUGGUAUUGUUUUUGAAUCAAUGUGUUGGUACAGUGCAGUAUUGAGUCACA